GAGGUGGGAGCGGGGUGCCGGGGAGCGGCGGCGGCGACCGGCGCCUGUUGCCCCGAGAGAGUUAACGGUGCGGGGAAACUCGCCUCUCCUCCGCCCGUGCCGGGCGCCUGGCAACCGGGGCGCCGCGCAUGUAGGGCCGCCGGGGGCUGCCGCCACCGCCGCCGCCCCCCUCCUCUCCCGCCGGGCCCCGCGUCCCCCUCCCCGCCCCGGACAAGGCGUUUAACGUGCCCAGGCGUGAAGUAUGGCAUGCAAAGAUGGUUUCUGCCAAGGAGCCAGCCAUCGCCAUGUCCUCGGGUCUCUCCAUCGCCCUCCUGCACUGCCUGUGCCUGGCGACGUGUCUCACCGGGCCGCCAGGGCAGAGCAAAAAAGAGGAGAAAUUGUGGCCGGAGAAUUUCACCAGCAUCCUGAACAGCCUCCUGGAUGGCUAUGACAACCGGCUGCGACCGGGAUUCGGGGGUCCUGUUACCGAAGUCAAGACAGAUAUCUAUGUCACCAGUUUUGGACCUGUUUCUGAUGUAGAAAUGGAGUACACAAUGGAUGUCUUCUUCCGUCAGACCUGGGUGGACAAGAGGUUAAAAUACGAUGGCCCUAUUGAAAUUCUGAGGCUGAACAACUUGAUGGUUUCCAAGGUGUGGACUCCUGACACUUUCUUCAGGAAUGGGAAGAAGUCUGUGGCACAUAACAUGACAGCCCCAAAUAAGCUCUUCAGAAUAAUGAGGAAUGGCACCAUCCUGUACACCAUGAGGCUUACAAUAAGUGCAGAGUGUCCCAUGAGAUUAGUGGAUUUUCCCAUGGAUGGUCAUGCUUGUCCUCUCAAAUUUGGGAGUUAUGCUUAUCCAAAGAGUGAAAUGAUUUAUACCUGGACAAAAGGACCUGAGAAGUCCGUGGAAGUUCCUGAGGAGUCUUCCAGUUUAGUUCAGUAUGACCUGCUUGGGCAUACGGUGUCCACUGAAACCAUUAAAUCUAUCACAGGUGAAUAUAUUGUUAUGACAGUUUACUUCCACCUGAGACGGAAAAUGGGUUAUUUUAUGAUCCAGACCUACAUCCCAUGCAUCAUGACCGUGAUCCUUUCUCAAGUUUCUUUUUGGAUCAAUAAGGAGUCUGUUCCAGCCAGGACUGUGUUUGGAAUAACCACGGUGUUGACGAUGACGACGCUGAGCAUCAGCGCCAGGCAUUCACUGCCAAAAGUCUCCUAUGCUACUGCCAUGGACUGGUUCAUAGCCGUCUGCUUCGCCUUCGUGUUCUCUGCUCUCAUUGAGUUUGCUGCUGUCAACUACUUCACUAACAUUCAAAUGGAAAAAGCCAAGAGGAAGACGGUAAAAUCCCUCCUUGAAUUCCCGGUUGCUCCAAUACAAAGAGAAAGAAGCACAGAAGAGACAUUCACGAGCACAGAUGCCAAUUCAAACGUGAGGAAAAGAACCAACGCCACAGUACAGUCCGAAGCUGAUGGUGGGAGCCGAAUUGACACAAGGCACAGCUCCAUCCAGCCUCCCUCUGUAGCUCAGGGGUCUUCUGACAUUACACCCCACUCCCUUUCUGCAUCAAGUCCCAACCCUUUCACACGCCUCAACGCAUCAGAGACAUUAUCUUCCGCAAGAGCUACCCCUCCAGCUCCUCCUUCCACCCCAAUUUUAACUGGAUUUGUAUCCCAGCAUGCCACAGCUGGAUCCCCUUCCAUUCAGCACUUGCUUGGAUCUAGACUGGAGCAGAUUCAGACCACCACACCUAAUACAUUAGGAGCAUCUGCAAAGCCAUCUGCUGCCACACCACCUGCUCCCCCUGCCUCCCACUCUGGCACGAGUAAGAUAGACAAAUAUGCACGCAUUUUAUUUCCUGUUACCUUUGGAGCAUUUAACAUGGUCUACUGGGUGGUGUAUCUAUCCAAGGACACCAUGGAAAAAUCAGAAAGUCUAAUGUAGUUUUGCUGCUAUGUAGUAGUUCCUAAAUUAUACUCAUAUUUGAUGCAGAGUUUCUUCUUUUGAAACUAUUUAAAGAAAGAAAAAUAAGGGUCAAUAAUUCUUAUUUAUAAAAGCUGUGUGCAACUUUCCCGUUGUAAAGGCUGGAGUUAGUGGGGAUGAUUUAGUUCACUUCUACCAGAGGAAUGGGGAACAGGUUUGCCUUCCUCCCUUCAGCUAGCAGGCAAACCAUCACUCUCCUCAGACAGACUACCCUGGCUGCAAAGAAAUAUGCCUUUGGGAGGAGCAGGCACCUAAAGCAAAUGAAAGGCAGAGGUGCCCAGCUGUGCAGUGGAACACAUCUGGACUGCUAGGAGGAUGCAUGCUGAUGA